UUUGGAGACAUAAAUCCUGGAAAUAUUUUCUUACACACUGAGGAUAUUACGCAGUCCGGAUAGCCCAUCUGAGGCGAAGAGAUGGAAUCGCAAAUCCAGUCCUGGUCCUGUGUCUUCAGCAUCAUUGUGCUGAGUUUAUGUAGUACUGUACUGGCAGCUAACACUUAUAAUUGCGAUGACCCGUUGGUGUCGGUGCUUCCCGAUUCAUCCUUUGAGAGCUCUUCAGCAUUAUCAGACAGUCAUUCCCCACGCUUUGCCAAACUCAACAGAAGAGACGGAGGGGGAGGAUGGGCCCCGCAGCAGACAGACAGGCACCAGUGGCUGCAGGUGGACCUGCGGGACAGGAUGGAGGUCACGGCCAUCGCCACGCAGGGACGCUACGGUAGCUCUGACUGGGUGACCGGCUACCUGCUGCUGUUCAGCGACACAGGUCGGGCAUGGAAGCAGUACAUACAGGAGGAGGGCAUAUCGACAUUCUCGGGGAACGCGAAUACAGACGGUGUGGCCCACCACCGGUUCCCCCACUCCAUCAGAACCCGCUUCCUGCGCUUCGUCCCCCAGGAGUGGAGCCCCAGCGGCGGGGUGGGGCUCAGAGUGGAGGUGUAUGGCUGCGCAUACAAAUCUGAUGUGGCAGACUUUGAUGGAAGGAGCUCCCUGCUGUACCGAUUCAACCAGAAGUCCAUGAGCACGGUGAAGGACGUGAUCUCGCUCAAGUUCAAGAGCCAGCAGGGGGAGGGGGUGCUGGUGCACGGGGAGGGCCAGAGAGGGGAUUACAUCACUCUGGAGCUCCACAGGGGCAGGCUGGCCCUGCACCUCAACUUGGACGAUGCCAAGCCCCACUCCAGCAGCAGCCAGGUGUCAGUGACUCUGGGCAGCCUGCUGGAUGACCAGCACUGGCACUCUGUCCUCAUCGAGCGCUUCAACAAGCAGGUCAACUUCACAGUGGACAGGCACACACAGCAUUUCCGUACAAAGGGUGACGGGGACUCCCUGGAGGUGGACUAUGAGCUCAGCUUUGGAGGAAUCCCCCUGCCUGGUAAACCAGGGACCUUCCUCAGGAAGAACUUCCAUGGGUGCAUUGAAAACCUGUACUACAACGGAGUCAACAUCAUUGACCUUGCCAAGCGACGCAAGCCCCAGAUCUAUAGUGUGGGCAACGUGACCUUCUCCUGCUCGGAGCCCCAGCUUGUGCCCACCACCUUCCUGAACUCCAGCAGCAGCUUCCUGUUACUACCGUCGGAGGCUGCAGCGGAGGGCCUGUCUGUGCGCUUCCAGUUCCGCACCUGGAACCCAGACGGGCUGCUGCUUUCUACUGGGCUGGCCCAGGAUCCUGAGCACCUGGUGCUGCAGAUCAGCAAAGGCCAGCUGCAGCUCAGCCACUACAGAUCAGCCCUGCAGAAAUCAGAGAUAUCCACCAGUCACAACAUUAACGAUGGACUGUGGCACUCGGUGAGUCUCGGUACGCGAGGACUGCAGGUCUCUUUGACUCUGGACAGUAUGCCAGCUGCAACUAUGGAGCUGGGAGAACAUAUUGACUCAGGCAACAGCUUCUUCUUCGGAGGUUGCCCCAUGGCCUUGAGCGACCCAGGCUGCAUGAACCCUACCUUAGCCUUCCAGGGGUGCAUGCGACUAAUUUUCAUCAACAACCAGCCAAUGAAUCUGCUCCAUGUACAGAAAGGCCUGCUGGGUAACUACAGUGAGCUUCAGUUUGACAUCUGUGGCAUCCGUGACAGAUGUCUGCCCAACUUCUGUGAGCACGGAGGGCAAUGCUCCCAGUCGUGGAACACCUUCUACUGUGACUGCUCUGGGACUGGGUACACUGGAGCCACUUGUCACAACUCUAUCUAUGAACCUUCAUGCGAAGCGUAUAGGCAGACUGGGGGCUCCUCAGGAUACUUCUCCAUUGAUCCAGAUGGGAGCGGACCACUCAGCUCAACACUGGUGUUCUGCAACAUGACAGAGGACAGAGUGUGGACAGUGGUCCCCCACAGCAACACUGAACCGGUCAGGGUGCAAGGCUCCUCACAGCAGAGGCCCUACAUCAUGCGAUUCAAUUACAGCGCCUCACCUGAACAGCUGCGCACACUGGUGGCUGGAUCCGAACAAUGCCAACAGGAAGUGGUCUACCACUGCAGGAAGUCCCGCCUUUUUAACACCUGGGACGGGAUGCCCUUGUCCUGGUGGACGGACAGAGACGGGGAGAGGCGUACAUACUGGGGAGGGUUCCUGCCUGGGGUGCAGCAGUGCUCCUGCAGCCUGGACGAGAACUGCAUCGACAUGAACUACUUCUGCAACUGUGAUGCAGACAGGGACUCUUGGGCGAAUGACACAGGGAUCCUUUCCUUCAAAGAUCACUUGCCUGUGAGCGAAAUAGCAAUUGGAGACACAAACAGAACUGGGUCAGAAGCUGUCUUCAGAAUUGGAUCCCUGCGCUGUUAUGGGGACAGAUUUUUGUGGAAUGCAGCCUCCUUCUAUCAGGAGUCCUCUUACCUCCACUUCCCCACCUUCCAGGCAGAGCUCAGCGCUGACAUCUCCUUCUAUUUCAAAACUACUGCAUCCUCGGGAGUCUUCCUGGAGAACCUGGGCGCUAAGGACUUCAUACGUUUGGAGCUGAGCUCCCCAUCGGAUUUGACGUUCACCUUUGAUGUGGGGAAUGGGCCGGUUACCUUGGUAGUGAAGUCCCACGCCCCCCUCAAUGACAAGCAGUGGCACUACGUGCGGGCAGAGCGCAACAUCAAGGAGGCCUUGCUACAGGUGGACCAGCUGCCCCUGCGUUUUGUAGAGAUCCCGCCUGAUGGACACUUCCGCAUGCAGCUCAACAGCCAGCUGUUUGUAGGAGGAACGGCGUCCAGGGGGAGGGGUUUCCUGGGCUGCAUCCGGGCGCUGAACAUGAACGGGCUCACCCUGGACUUGGAGGAGCGGGCGAAAAUGACGCCUGGGGUGAGCUCCGGCUGCCCGGGCCACUGCAGCAGCUAUAACAACCUCUGCCACAACCGAGGGAGGUGCAUCGAAAAGCGCCACGGCUACGUAUGUGACUGCACCCUCUCUGCCUAUGGCGGGCCCAACUGCAAGAAAGAGGUGUCUGUGUCCUUUGAGAGCGGGUCCUCUGUCACCUACACAUUCCGGGAGCCUUUCUCAGUCAUCGGCAACAAAAGCAUCCAGUCCUCUUCCAUCUACGCUGAGAAAAGCAAGUCCCGGGAAAACAUCGCCUUCAGCUUCCUCACCACGCACGCCCCCGCCAUGCUACUCACUGUCAAGACUUACUACCAGCAGUACAUGGCCAUCAUCCUGACGCACAAUGGGACUUUGCAGAUCUGGUACCGGCUCAACAAGGAGAAGAGUCCAGAUGUUUUCACCCCAGCUACCCCCAGCCUGGCUAAUGGGCAGCUCCACUGGGUCCGAAUUCACCAUGAGGGGAAAGAUAUGUAUAUCCAGAUGAACAAGGACAUACAUCUAAAAUACAGACUGUCAUCUGACAUAGAGUUAAAUGCCAUUAGGUCGCUGACUUUGGGCAAAAUAACAGGAAGUGAGGAAAUGGAUGAAGAAGUUAUGCAGGCGGGUUCCAAGGGCUUCAUUGGCUGCCUGUCCUCGGUCCAGUUCAAUCAGGUGGCUCCGUUGAAAGCAGCACUGUUUAAUCGUGACAGCUCGUUGGUCAGCGUGCAAGGUCAUCUGGUGGAGUCCAGCUGCGCAGCAUCAACCGACAUCACCACUUCGCACUCCCUCUCAGAUCAUUCAGAGAAAGCUGACAGAGGCAAGGAGACAGUGCAGAAUGCAGAGCAGAAUGAUUCAGCAGUAAUUGGAGGCGUGACUGCAGCAGUCGUCUUCAUCGGCCUCUGCAUGGCGGCAGUCAUGACUCGCUUUCUGUACCAGCACCGUCAAGCGCAGCAGACGGACAGCAUCAAAGAGAAGGGUCACAGGCGCAGCCUGGAACAAACCUACGGCGCGGAGCUGGACUUCCAGAGCUCAGUGCAGGACAACAGGAAGGAGUAUUUCAUCUGACCGCCAGGCCCCCGUUGCGCUGGCAACACCAGCUCCCAGCC